AUGGGGGGUGCGCUCUCUUCCACAGCAACGAGCCGCAGCAACGCUACAACCACUACCACGAAUCGACAACCCCCAAAACCGACGACCUGGAAAACUCAGCUUCAAACAAGCCCUCGAUCCCUCAAUCGGAGGUGCCGAAGCCAUCCAAAAGGAUUUGGGCCAAGCGGAGAUGGAAAAUGGGGAGGAAGGGGAAGAAGAGGAGAGUGUGGGUUUUGCUUGUUCAUGAAGGCGGGCGGUUGCAAGGAGAGCUUUAUAGCGUGGGAGCAAUGCAUCGAGAAGGCUGAGAAGAUGAAGGAGGACAUUGUCGAAAAGUGCGUCGAGGUGACGGGGGCGUUGAAGAAGUGUAUGGAGGCUCACGCCGACUACUACGAGCCGAUACUCAGGGCCGAGAAAAUGGCCGAGGAGGAGGCCAUUAGGGAGUUGGACAUUGAAAAGGAGAAGGAGAGGGAAGCUUCUUCCGAGGGUUCGUAGCAAUAUGUGGUUUUGGAGUCAAUGGGCUUCUGACUGAAUUGAGACAAUAGGUGCUUUUUUCUCUUCUUUAAAUCAUGAUUUAUCAGGCAUAAAAAACUUCUUAUCUGCGGCUAUGAACGGCGGUGAAAGAGAAUAAUUUUGGACUUUUCUGCUCUCUAGUUUUGUUUUUCUUAAGAAAUUAAUUUGCGGAUAAGGAGGCCUGCUUACAGGCAAUUAAGCAACCCUGUUCAAUGUAUGGGUGUCAGCUUAUAUCAUUUUUUGCUUCAUAAUAAUUGGUUGAUGAAUUCUUACCUGUACCAACUGUUCCAUGAUUACGUUCUCUAUUUCAGUGUCA